AUAUACACCUAAAGCUGGUUUGCCAACCGCCAUAAAAACGUUAAAGAAGAAGAAGAAGCGUGUUGUAAAGGAUGGCAGGACCGGCUUCAGUCGCUGGUGAUGUUUUUGUUGAUGCUCUGCCUUAUUUCGACCAGGGUUAUGAUGCUCCAGGGGUCAGAGGAGCCGCAGCUGCUUUGGUGGAAGAAGAGACGAGACGAUACAGACCAACCAAGAACUAUUUGAGCUACCUGCCCACACCAGAUUUCUCUGCUUUUGAGACAGAGAUCAUAAGGAAUGAGUUUGAGAGACUGGCUGCUCGUCAACCCAUGGAGCUGCUCAGUAUGAAGAGAUAUGAGCUUCCUGCUCCAUCGUCUGGGCAGAAGAAUGACAUCACAGCAUGGCAGGACUGUGUCAAUAACUCUAUGGCCCAGCUGGAGCACCAGGCAGUGCGCAUUGAGAACCUUGAGCUCAUGGGCCAGUAUGGAACUAAUGCAUGGAAGGUGUCUAAUGAUAACUUGGCCUUAAUGAUUGAAAACGCACAAAAGGAACUGCAGAAGGUUAGAAAGCAGAUACAGGACCUGAACUGGCAGCGCAAAAACGAUCAGCUGGCUGGAGGAGCCAAACUACGAGAACUUGAGUCAAACUGGGUGUCUCUCGUUAGUAAGAACUAUGAGAUUGAGCGCGCCAUCGUCCAGCUGGAGAAUGAAGUGGCACAGAUGAAACAGCAACAGGGUGAUGAGAACAAAGAGAAUAUUCGACAGGACUUUUAAAUAAUGAAAACAGUUCAACUCCAUCUUGAAACUGUGUAGACUUUGUAAAAGCAAAUGAUCACCAAAGUGUGGCGCUUUUUUUUUUUAAAAAUGUUUGUUUUGUUCCAUUUUCAUGAUGAACCGAGAAAAUAGUCUUUAUAAAACACAAAUGAGAAUAUAGUGUUGUAGUGCAAACAGAGGAUAUGCCAGUUUAUAGUUCAUGAUUUUGCACCAAAAUUAAACCAGAUUUCGACUCUGGAAAUCAGUAACUCACAUUCGUUUACUGUGUACAUAAAGUAGAUAAUGUGCGUGUGUUGUCAUUUAUAAUAAUUUUGUGUUUUUUUUUUUAAUGUAUGAUUACCUGAUGGACGUUCAGUUAUUAAUUUGCAUGUUCUACUCUUAUUUGUAAUAUAUAUAUUUUUAAAUAUACCAUAAAAUGGUGAAAUAAUGACUUGCAUUGUUCAGUUUCUCAGUUAACAAGACUCCACCAAUGUGUCUGGAAAUGAAAACUAAAUAUAUCUAAGAGCAUCACAGGCUAACACAUUUGGUCUUGAUUUUAUCACUUUAUAUUCCUGUUUCAUGCCAUUACUGUUAAUAUGCUACAUGGCCAAACU